AUGGCAAAAAACAGUAACAGCAACGUGAAAUCUCAGAAUAUGAUUAAUGUGAAAGCUGUUGUGACUAUUGAACAAAGUGAUGGUGGCCUUGUACCAAAUCUUAUUAAUUCAGCCCUUGGUGGGAUCGAAGAGUUAGCUGGGAAAACAUUUGCUUUGGAGCUUGUGAGUGAAAAACUUUAUCCAAGGCGUUGUUCAAGCCUUCUAAGAGCGGUUAACGAGGCUGCUACCACGUUCUUCGUGCGUAUGACGGGGAAAGAUAUUUUCGGGGUGCGUGUCCUUCGAGAUAAUUCGUUGAAGUCAAAAAUCGAUUGGGAAUCGAAGGCUACGGGCAUUUCAUUGAGAAGCAUUUCGUUGAUGAUCCCUCGAUAG